AUGUCGGCGGGAUCGCAGGAGCACGAGUCGGCUUGCGUGACCCACGCGGUCUCCUGGAUGACGCUGUGCGAGACCAGGGAGGCCCCGCUAGCGCCGUGGGAACCCGAUGUCCUCGCGGUGAGAAUCCGGUGCUCCGCGAACAUCCGCUGCGUGUCCCGCUUCCCCGGAGGAAGCUUCCUGCGAGCCGCCGUUACCCACAAGGAGGUCCUCGUGGACCUGUUCGAUCCCGAGGACCUCCGGAGCGAGUCCGCCUGCCGCACCGCCGUCCGCCGGGUGCUGAGGACGCUGCUGGAACGCGCGGAGUACUAUGGCUACCGCGCCGCCGACGGCGGGGACGCCUUGGUGCCGCCCGGCCUCGUUGACACAAUCCUCGCUGUCGCCGCUGCUGUUGCUGACACCCGCGACGGCGCCGAUCUCCGGAACAUCAGCUACCGCUGCGACGUCUCGAUGGAAGUGGACAUGAAGAACGUGUACAGCGAGGCGAAGGCCAUCGUGCUGUUGUGCAGCGGCGCCGCAGGGCCAAGACGACGUGAUGUCGGCGGGGAGCUGUGCCCGAUCUGCAUGGAGAAACUGGCGCCGGACGAUGCCAUGAGUUUGCCUGGAUGUUCGCACGUGUUCCACAGAGGGUGCAUCCUCGAGUGGUUACACAGGGCACCCACCUGCCUGUCCUGCCGCCAUGACAUGACGCAGCAUCUCCCUCACCAAUGUCGUGCAUGCGAUAAGUGGGAGCCUUGGGUCGACUCCCUAGGGGCAGCCGUAUAG